AUGGCUUCUGCAGCAGAAGUCAAGCCCGAGCUUGAUCGCACGACUGAAAAAGAUGUCGAACGUCGAGGCAGUGUCGCAAGGACGGAAAAGGGAAGAUGGGAGCGCUUAUGGCCUGUGAUUGCGUGUGGCGCUGGUCUCUUUAGUGAUGGCUAUUUGAACAAUAUUAUUGGGCCCGUCAACACCAUGCUCAAGACCAUCUAUCCCAAGUCGUAUGCGUCGUCUUCAGCCCAGGCAAACGUAGCGAGUAUAACAUUCGCUGGAACGGUGGUGGGCAUGUUAUUUUUCGGCUACACAUCCGACCACUUUUCGAGAAAAUGGUCCUUGUUCGCUUCGACAAUCAUCAUCAUCCUGUUUGCAACACUAGGCACGGCUUCGUAUGGGGCCGGCGGUAGCCCCAGCGGUCUACUCACAGCACUGGUCGUGUAUCGCUUCUUCUUGGGAAUCGGCAUUGGCGGAGAAUAUCCAGCCGGCAGCGUAGGCUGUGCCGAAUCAACCGGCGAGCUCAAAGAGGGAACACGCAAUAAAUGGUUCAUUCUCUUCACCAACGUACAAAUCGACCUAGCCUUUUUCAUCAGUGCAAUCGUCGCCACAGUCGUUGUUCUUAUCACCGGCGAGAACCAUCUUCGAGUCGCCUGGCGCAUCUGUCUCGGCAUCGGCAUUAUCCCCCCUCUAUCGCUUCUAUAUCUCCGUCUCAAACUGCAGGAACCAGAGGCGUUCCAGCGCGAGUCUCUUGCUAAAGCGAAAACGCCGUGGCUGCUCAUUAUCAAGUUCUACUGGUUCAGACUUAGUAUUGUCAGCAUCAUCUGGUUCAUUUAUGACUUUAGCGCAUAUUCUUUCGGCAUCUACGCGACGUCUAUCUUGGCUAAUUUACUUGGAAAAUCUGCACCGCUGUGGAAGAGUCUGGCGUGGAACAUUCUCAUCAACUUCUUCUACAUGCCUGGUUGCCUUGCUGGUGCUUUUGUUGCCGAUUUGCCUUCCAUGGGUCCCAAGAAGACUUUGUUUAUCGGAGUCACCCUGCAGGGUAUUAUCGGUUUUGUAAUGGCUGGGGUGUAUCCAUGGUUGAGCAAGCCUGAGAAUGUUGCUGGAUUUGUGGUUGUAUAUGGUGUUUUCCUUGCACUCGGAGAGUUUGGUCCCGGAGACAACAUUGGUUUGGUGGCAUCCAAAACGUGCGCUACUGGUAUACGCGGACAGUACUACGGUAUCGCAGCUGCAGUAGGCAAAAUCGGAGCAUUCGCUGGUUCCUACGCCCUCGACGCUAUUCAAAAGGCAGCCGGCGACGACGAGAUUGCAGCAGGUCGCAACCCAUUCUUCGUAGCCUCAUCUCUGGCUUUUGUAGCUGCUGCAUUGGUUCUGCUGCUCCCGCACAUUGGACAGGACACAAUUGAUCAAGAGGAUGUCAAGUUUAGAGAGUAUCUCUCUGCGAACGGGUACGAUACCAGUAAAAUGGGACUGCAGGAUACACUGGCGACGAGCGUUGAUAGUGACGACAAGGUUUCGCCUGUUGAGCAGACUUAUACGAAGUAA